UGGAYGGAAGGAUGUACAAAUGGUCACUYRAUAGUUCAUAGUGUUUUCACUGAUAGGCUGACUUUUAUUGUUCAGGUWUCAACUCUAAAUGCAGAAAUACAAAAGCUAAAAAGUCAACAUGAAAGUGAAGAACAAGCCAGAAAAAAAGCAGAAGAAACAACGGAACAAGAAAGGCAGAAACAUGAAGAACAGUUAGAAGAGAAUGGUAGAAAAGCUAAAGAUGACCAAUUGAAGUCUAAUCAUAACAUUGUUGUUCUUUGUAUUGAUGAGAGCAAAAAGGUCAUUCAAGACUCUCUUGAUCAGUUUGAUAAUCCAUAUCAUAGUUCAACGACAUGUACAGCAGAAUAUUUACUUACACGAUUACAAGGAAUUACCGAUCAACUUGAAAAUGUCUCUUCAAGUUUCUCGUCAUACCAGUCAAAUAAUGAAGAAUUCCACCCUCUUGUAUCAUUCAUAUCGUCGUAUUCGUAUCGUCUUGGUGACUGCUUGAUUAAUGCCCAGGCUACUGCGCACAUGGCUCCAUCUGAAGAAGCACAAGAAUUGACAAGAAACAGUGAAUCUGCUGGAAAGACUUCGCUGGAAUUAUUAGAAUCCAUGAAAAAUAAGGACAUUGAUCCACAAGUGCUUGCAGACAAAGUCAAUCAAAUCAAAACAARUCUGAUUAGCAUAACCUCGGUGGCAAAGGCUCUUGCACCAAAGGAGAAAGACAGCGCUGAAGCAAUUGGAUCUGAGGUCGACAAAGAGAUCAAUGCUACAGCAGAACUUGUUGCUGAUGCGGCACUUCGAAUAGAGGAAAUGCUGAACAAAACACGAGAAAAAUAUACAGGAGUACAGCUUGAGGUGCAUGGCAGGAUCUUGGAUUCAUGUACAUCAUUGAUGCAGGCCAUCAAAGUACUGAUUAUCAAGUCCAAAAGUCUUCAGGAAGAAAUUGUUGGAGAGGGAAAGGGUACUGCCACUGCAAGAGAGUUCUACAAGCGUCACCAUCGGUGGACAGAAGGACUUAUAUCUGCUGCAAAAGCAGUUGGUUGGGGAGCCAAAGUGCUUGUUGAUUCAGCUGAUAAGGUUGUACAAGGACAAGGCAAGUUCGAGGAAAUUGUCGUCGCAUCUAAUGAAAUCACAGCUAGUACUGCACAAUUGGUGGCUGCCUCAAGAGUCAAGGCACARCAUGGUAGUAGUAAGCUUUCAUCGCUACAAACAGCUUCAAARGAUGUUGUAGAAUCGGCCGCGAGUGUAGUUGCGUCCGUGAAGACUGGUGCCGAGAUGAUUGACGACAGUAAAACUGUACCCGACUACUCAAAGUUAACCUUGACUCAAACCAAGCGAAUGGAGAUGGACUCUCAAGUCCGUGUAUUAGAAUUAGAAAGUAAUUUGACUAAAGAAAGAGAAAAACUUGGCCAACUGAGACGUAUUCACUAUCAACUUGCUGCUGCUGAAGAGGAAGCCGCUGAGAAAUAACAUGAAAUUGUAGCAGACAGACAGACAGAGUAGUACAGGCAGGUACUUAUUCAUGACCUGAUUGGUUGAUUGAUUGAUCAAUGGGUUGUUUGAUCAUCGAUCGAUGGAUCAAUUGAUUGAAUGGUUGAUUGAUUGAUUGAUCGAAUGA